CUCGAAGUGCCACGACUUCACAGCGGACCACGGAUUCUCCAGCGGAGUGAGGGGGAGAGCACUGGGAAAAAAAGCUAGUAAGCUAGGUAGCUGGACAAAAAGGUAGUUCUGGAAAGAAGUCACUUCAUCUACAACUCAAAGCGUUUUGCCCUGUCUCCGUUCCCUUUGAAGCAAGCAGACGUAGCUACAUCUCCAGUGAGGUUAACUGAAAUUGAACGAUGGAUAUCUACGACCCCCAGACCCUUGGGAUAAUGGUGUUUGGUGGAUUCAUGGUGAUCUCUGCUGUCGGGAUUGCUCUUGUCUCCACCUUCUCCAUGAAGGAGACCUCUUAUGAGGAGGCCCUGGCUAAACAACGACGAGAGUUGGGUAAUAUACAGUCUGCUCGCUCUGAGAAAAAGAAGAAGGACAAAGUAUCAGAGAAGAAGAGCCGUGGAAAGAAGAAGGAAGAAAAGCCCAAUGGAAAGAUCCCAGAGCCUGAAAAAAUUCCAGAGGAAGCUGAAGCUGAUGACACAGUCACUGAGCCUGUUGCUGCCCCAGUUGUGGCUGCUGCUCCUGCCCCAGAGGCUGUUCCUGCUUUUGAGGUGAAACCAACUGCAGCACCAGCAGACACCCAGCUUAGGACUGCUGCUGAACCAAGCCCUGCUCUUGCUGAGCCCUCACCUGCUCCCUCACCUAAAGAGAAAAAGAAGAAAAAGGUGGCUAAGGUCGAGCCAGCCUCUACCCAAUCAGCUCCACCCGUGUCUGACCCUGCACCAAUCAAGUCCUCUGCAGUCCCUGCAUCAACCCAGGCCCCUGUAUCUGCAUCUGCCCCAGCCAAGACUACCACUGCCUCAGCCAAGCCGGCCCCUGCCCUGGCCUCAGUUAAGCCGGCCCCUGCCCUGGCCUCAGCCAAGCCAGGCCCUACCCCGGCCUCAGCCAAGCCGGCCCCUGCCCCGGCCUCAGCCAAGUCGGCCCCUGCCCCGGCCUCAGCCAAGUCGGCCCCUGCCCCGGCCUCAGCCAAGCCGGCCCCUGCCCCGGCCUCAGCCAAGCCGGCCCCUGCCCCGGCCUCAGCCAAGCCGGCCCCUGCCCCGGCCUCAGCCAAGCCGGCCCCUGCCCCGGCCUCAGCCAAGCCGGCCCCUGCCCCGGCCUCAGCCAAGUCGGCCCCUGCCCCGGCCUCAGCCAAGUCGGCCCCUGCCCCGGCCUCAGCCAAGUCGGCCCCUCCGUUAGCCAAACCUGCUAAGUCCACUGCAGCGCCAGCCAAGUCUUCACCAGCUCCUUCCAAGACUGCCCCAGUGCUGGAGGCCAUCACUAAGGACGUUCCAGUGAUGGCAGUGCCCCCAGUGGGAUCUCAGCAGGCUCCUGCUGUUGCAGGAAAAGCACAGGAGCCUAAGAAGAAGGCCUCCAAGAAAAAGACUGAGCCUGUUUUAGCUGUGGAUUCUGCAGAUGCUCCGCUCUACCUGCCCUACAAGGCUCUGGUGUCCACCAUCAGUAGCAUGGUGUUCAGUGAGGGAGAGGCUCAUAGGCUCAUCGAGAUCCUGUCUGAGAAAGCUGGAAUCAUUCAAGACACCUGGCACAUGGCCACUCAAAAAGGAGACCCAGUGGCCAUACUGAAGAAACAGCUGGAGGAGAGGGAGAAACAGCUGGCAGCAGAACAAGAGGACGCUUCUGCGGCGAAGAACCGUCUAAGAGAACUCACCAAGGAGCUGUCGGCUGAAAAGUCCAAGGUGGCCAGUGUGGAGACCCGGCUGAGUUCCCAGCUGAGUAAGAGGGAGCAAGAAAUGAUUGCUCUGCAAGCUCGCAUGCAGGCCAGUUACCAGGACCAUGUAGCCCAGAUCCAGGGGCUCAAUGCAAAGAUCCUCAGCCUGCAGGACCAGCUGGAAAAAGGCCCCAGUGCCCAGCUGGCCUGUCUGCAGCAGGAGAACUCCAUUCUCCGUGAUGCCCUCAACCAAGCCACUAGUCAGGCUGAGAGCAAACAAAAUGCGGAGUUGGCCAAAGUGCGUCAGGAAUGCGCAAAGUUAACCAAGGAGCUUGGAGAGAAGACUGAAAGUCUGCUUGCUGAUGAACACAUCAGGAAAGGGCUGGAGGCCAAGAUCUCCGCUACUGAGAAGCAGCUCUCCCUGCUGCAGGCCAGCCAUGGGGAGAGCGAGCAGGCUUUACAGAGGAGAUUGGAGGAGGUGUGCGAGGAGCUAAGAACAGCACAGAGUAGAAACAGCAGCCUUCAGGCCACUUUGGACAAUGCCCAGAAGGACAGCAGCGCACUCUCAGAGUUUCAGGUGCGUAUUGGGAGUUUGGAGGCGGAAAUCAGCGAGCGCUGUACUCAGGUGGAUGCCCUCACCGCCCAGCUGGAGGAGACACGGGCAGAGAAAAGCCAGCUUGUACAGCAAGUGGCCUCCAUUAACUUACUGCUUGAGGCCAAUCAGACCAAAAAGGAGGAGGAUAACAAUCAGGUGAACGCUGCAGAAGUGGAACAGCUAAAGCUCAGCCUUCAGGAGAGAGACAACCAGUUGAACACACUUCACGAUGAACUGAAGAAACUGCAGAUGAAGCUCGAAGCUGCUGAGAACACUGUUGUUGAGCUAGAGCAAAGAAAUAAGAGUGAGGAUGCCAGUCAUAUCACGUCACUUCAGGAUGAACUUAAAAAACUCAAAGAAGAACUGGUGCAACUUAACAGCACACCGCAGACAGACAGCUCUGCGGAGCUCGGACUACUACAGAACAGCCUGACAGAGAAGGAUGCCCUUGUCACAUCACUACAAGAAGAGCUGAAAGAAGUGAGAGAAAAGACGGCCAAUGAUGCACAGAACAUUAUGGCAGAACUGACAGCUUUUCAAACUGGCACCAAAGAAACGCUACAGACACUCUUCCCACAGAUACCCAUAGAGACCGAGCAGUCCAACUGGUUACAAGUAUUUACACAGAAAGCUCAGGAGGCUCUCAGCCAGCAAAGCCAGGAGUCUCAGUCAAGCACAGCAUUGUCUGAGUUGCUCGAGAAACUGAAGGAGGCCGAGGAGAGCCAUGGCUCACUGCAGGCUGAAUGUGAACAGUACAGAACAGUCCUGGCAGAAACGGAAGGAAUGCUGAAACAUCUGCAGAAAAGUGUGGAGGAAGAAGAGCUGGUAUGGAAUUCCAAGAUGGCUAACUCAGAGGAACAGCUUAGGGAGGCUUUGGAGAAGGCCAACAAGCUGGAGGCAGAAAACCAAAGUGUAGAACAGUUGAAGGAGCAGAUGAUGCUUCUGGAAGCCCAACUGGAGAAGCAGUCAGAUAACCAGGGGAUCUCAGAGGAGAUGGAGAAGCUGAAGCUGCAGCUGUCAGAGUGUCAGAGCCAGCUGGAUGUGGCCCAGAAGGAGGCCCAGGCAUACAAGGAGGAGCUUGCACAGGUCAGAGAGCAGCUGGGCGAGAUCACGAUGGGGGUUCAGCGAGAACAGAAUGGCCCAGCUGAGGCUCAACCCAGUCAGGUCCAGAACGAGUUGAGUCACACAACUGAGAAGCUGCACGAGGAGGUGGCUCAGAGACAGCAGCUCUUGGAAGAGUGCGAGCAGGCACAGAAGACUAUUUCAGAACUUCAGUCUCAGCUGGAUCUUCUGAAGGUUUCUGCAGAGUCACCACAAAAUGAAGAUGAUGUUGCUCAGCUCAAGGAGCGCCUGGAGAAGGAGAAGAAGUUGUCCAAAGACCUGGGGCAUGCAGCCACCAAGCUCCAGCAGCUUCUUAAAGCCACUCAGGAGCAGCUGACCAAAGAGAGAGACACAGUGAGAGCACUACAGGAGCACCUGGAAGGCAAGGGAGAAUACGUGGAGCUGAAGGAAGGAACAUCCGUCUGAUAGGGAGUUCACUGCAGACACUACAAAAAACUGCCAAAUAUGCCUUAUGAUUACCAUAGUUAUGCAUUCCAAAUCUAUUUCUUUCUUGUACUGUAGUUGAUUGAAUUUGUUGCAACUACAAUCUUUAUUGAAACCCAUAUUCCAUAAACAAUUCUGGCUAUGUCAGAAGUUAUUUAUCCCCCUGCCUUAUAUUCCAAACAUCUCCCCAUAGUUCAGUGUUAAAAAGGGAAACCGAUUGUACGUCAGAUGUACAUCAACCUGUGCAAUUACUUUGUAUGUCUUUUCUAUGUGGUUGAAUGAUGGGAACAUUUUAUGGUUCAGUACCUUUUGGGGCCUGCUUCCCUCUGUAGAUGGCUGCCAAUAACACACAUCGAAUUUGUAUGAAUGAAUAAACUACGGUGUAGCUCUAUGUAAUUAC